AUGAAGUAUGCCCGACUUCAGGUCGAUCCAGACGACGUGCCUGACGACGAUAGACCGCCACAGACUGGCCAUACUUUCAAUAUAUGGUACUUGCAAUGGGCAGGAGGAGACAGGUCUUUGAGAAACAGUGUGAAGCUGAAAUACAGAGUCAACAUUGCUGAGGACUCGGGAGAAACUCAGGCUAAGCGUGGCUCCCCAAUAUGCUUAUUCUUUGCCCGAGGGUGCUGCUACAAGGGCGCCAAGUGCCCUUAUUUGCACAGGCUACCGAAGGAGACCGACAACGUCAUCCCCACGAAAGACUGUUUUGGCAGGGACAAAACGGCCGACUAUAAGGAUGACAUGAGCGGCGUGGGGCUGUUCAACAAGGUGAACCGGACGUUGUUUGUCAGUGGGCUUCAUGUAAAUGACGACUUGGAUGAACAGCUCUCGACGCACUUUGGAGAGUUCGGCUCGGUAGAUUCGAUCAGAGUGUUGCCGAGCAAAAUGUGUGCAUUUGUCAGGUUCAAGUUUGAACUGGAGGCGCAAUUUGCGAAGGAGGCCAUGGACUGCCAGAGCUUGAACGGGAAUGACGUCUUGUCUGUGAGAUGGGCCAACGAGGACCCUAAUCCGAACGCACAGCAGCUGGCGAAACGAGAUAUCGAGAAUGCGGCGCUAGAAACAGUGAAGAAGUUGCUCAAGGAGGAACCAAGGGCCAAGAAACCGAAAAAGAGUGCACCCAAAACCGAAAGUUUAAAAAAAGCUGUUUCUGAAGAAAAGCAAGAUAAACAACUCGAUGCCGUUAAGGACAGUCAAGAAGUUGUCGACGAGGACGAACAAUCUACGCUUCUAGGAUCUGCUAGACUUGCUGCACUUAAUAGGCUCCUGAGUGAAACGAAGGCAGGUAUCUCAAAACACAUCCAAUGCCUUCUUCGCAGGAUAUGGAAGCAGCGAUGA